GAUCAACUUUAUGACGAUGUACUGUUAUAACAAUUAAAUAUUUGCAUUUAUUACAUGGUUUUUGUGUGAUAAGUAACGACUUAUAAGAGCACUGAAAAUAUUUACUUGAGUCAAGAGAAAAAGAAGAAGAAAAAACAAAUAAAAGUUGCGAAAAAAGUGUAUCAUGGGAACCAAAAUUGAGUAUGUCGACUCAUCACAUCUGUAUGCAACAAAUUACAUAAGGAAUUCCAAAGCAAUUGCAGUAUUAUGGUCUAUUUUUAGUAUUUGUUAUGCGAUCAUUAGUAUUGUUGCGUAUGUGACGCCAGAAUGGGUUGGAGAAGAAGACACAGAAACAGGUGGUCGCUUAGGCUUAUGGCAAAUUUGUCAAAAAGAUGAAAUGACUGAUAGUUGCAGCGGAAAACUGCAAGAUUUAUUUCAGUUGCCAACAUUUUCGUUUAAGUUCGCCACGAUGUUCGGGGGAGCAGCAGUCAUUGCGUCAUUCCUAACAAUUCUUUGCCUGAUCUUCAUGUUUUUCAUGAAAUCUACAAAGGUUUUUAUGAUCUGCGGUUGGAUACAAAUAUUGUCGGCUCUUUGUAUGAUCAUCGCUACUGUUGCCUUUCCCUUUGGUUGGAAUUCCGACGAAUUUCGCAAAGUUUGUGGUCCAGAAUCGAACCGAUUUGAGCUCGGCUUGUGCGGCAUUCGUUGGGCUUAUUUGCUGGCCAUCAUCGCGUGUGUCGAUGGAAUUAUUCUCGCAACUCUUGCUUUCAUUUUGGCAACGCGUCAUGUGCGUUUGCAGCCAGAACCGACUUAUCAAAGUUCACUUUACAAAGGUGAAGUUAAUAAUGCGUAUUUGACGGAGACGCAUAGCGUGGCUCACAGUGGAUCACGGAAAUCGUUGAAUUUGCAGCCAGUGUUGCUCGUGGCACCGCCGCAUCAUAUGACAGCGAGCGACGAUACUUUGUCGCAAUUUUCCAGCAGAACUGCCACGCGAUUCAGACCCGAGCAUCACAAUCCAAUGUAUCAGUUUCAGUUGUAGAGGAAUGAUUUAACUGCUUUUAAUUUAUUUUAUAGU